AUGAAGGACGCGGCGGUGGACGACGACGACGACGAUUACGACGACGACGACGGCGAUAUCGAUGAUCCGAGCGCGGCGCGUCGGGAGCGGUCGAUGGAUGCGUCGGGAGGGCCGAGGUACGCGAGCGCGCGAGACGCGCCGUUCCGAGCGCUCGCGCGCGCGUGCGAACGUGUGCAAAGAGAACGUGGGCGUAAGAAGGCGAACGCGGCGAGGCGGUACGCGGCGCUGGAUGCGUUUCACGACGUGUGCUUGGUGUCGACGAGGGAUGGGACGCGAUGCGAUGCGUUCGACGCGUAUCGAUUGUUGAUACCGACGCUGGAUAAAGAGCGAGAGACGUAUCGGUUGAAACACGACGCGUUGGCCAAGUGCGUGGUGAGCGCGUUCGACAUGGCGCGAGCGAGCGAGGACGCGAAGACGCUUGAAGACUGGAAACAGAAGGGUGGGGGGAACUUCCCGCAGGCUGUGCGAGAGGUCUUGGAGCGCGGUCAUCUUCAGGGAAGGGAGGGCGACGCAGACGUACGAGAGCUCACCAUUGGCGAGGUAAACGAUACCUUGGACGAGUUAGCGGCGUGCGAGAGCAAACACGAGCGUGCGGCGACGCUCAGGAAGCUGUUCGGGAAGAUGGAUGCGGUGAUGGUGAAGUGGGCGUGCGCGAUCAUUCUGAAGGAAACAAAGCUGCGAAUGGGAGACAAGGCAAUUAUGCGUCACUACCACAGAGACGCGGAGGAUUUGUUCGAUUGGACGAGUGACUUAAGAAGGGUGUGCGAGGAUUUACCGAGGCGAGACGUUCGGUUGAAACGCGCGGAUAUCAACGUCGGAGAGGGUUUGAUAAAUCCUCAGUUGGCGCUGAGGAAAAACACCGCCGACGCCAUCAUGAAGACGCUCAGGGGCCGACAGUUCAUCAUUGAAACGAAAUUCGAUGGAGAACGCAUCCAGCUUCACAAAGACGGAGAAAUCAUCAACUACUGGACUCGUAACAUGAAUGAUUUCGGACCACGCGGCUACGACGUGAUGAACGGCCUUUUUCGCCAUCUACCGAAGCGAUGUAUCCUCGACGGCGAACUGUUGGUGUGGAACAAGCUUCGAGAGACAUGGCAUCCUUUCGGAGCGAUUAAAACUUUAAUCAAGGCGGCGAACCUGCGCAAGUCGAAAGACGAGGUUUUCCCCUUGUCCAACGACACUGACGAUCGUGACGACGGGGAUGACAUCGCUGGUUAUGACCCGAAGAGCUCCAAGUACGAGUGGUACCAAGAGUACAUGAAGAAACUAACGUACGGCGAUUUGGAGCUGGUCUAUGUACCAUUCGACAUCUUGUAUAUUGGAGACGAAAGCGUUCGGCAUCUCCAGCUCGUCGAGCGUCAUGCGAAACUCAGGGAGCACGUUCACCCGGUAUCGGCGAUGUGUGGAAACAUUAAAGCUCGAAUUUUACUUGCGACUCCCGACUGUGAGUUUUCUAAAAUCGGCUCAACCAAGCAGGACAUCGAGCGCGCAUUGCUUGAAGCGAUCGAAGCCGGUGACGAAGGCUUGGUCAUCAAAGAUCUCAAUAGCGAGUGGAUUCCUGGUGAUCGUAGCGGUAACUGGAUGAAAAUUAAACCGGACUACUGCAAGAGCGAGGACUUGGACGUGCUUCUGAUCGGAGGAUACUACGGCGCUGGUGAGUUGCGUGGAGGUAAAAUUUCUCAAUUCCUCGUUGGUAUCAUCGAAUCUACGAACGACCCAACGAGCGCUCACGGAAUCAAGAUAAUGAGCUUUUGCAAGGUCGGCACCGGCAUCAGCGCCACAGAGUUGGAUGACCUUAGAAACCGUUUGGGUGACUACAUGCAUAGAGAAAAGCCACGAGAGAUGGAUUACAACGUCACAGACGCCUACAGCGAAAGACCCGACGUAUGGAUUUGGCCACCGCAGAGAUCUGUUGUCGUGAGAGUAAAGGGUGAUAUUCGAUGCAUUCGUUCCAUGACGUACGCGACUGGAUACAGCUUGCGCUUUCCACGAGUGACUGGCAUUCGAUACGAUAAAACGUGGUCAGACAUACUCACAAAUGCAGAGCUCAAACAAAUAAUUGAAGAAGACAGACCAAACAUCGCGAUGGAUAUGGGCGAGGGACACAUGAAUUCUCGGAAACGCACGCGCGCAGCGGCGCUCACGACGUUACUUCCGGCCCAUCUGAUGCCUGUUGAUGUCUCUGGUGUUGUGCCGGAAUCUGAAGUAUUCAAAAGCUUGCAGAUACAUAUAGUGAAUUGCGAAAGUCGAGAGCAAAAGCAGGAAUUGUUCAAAGCAAUCAUCGCUCGCGGUGGACGCACGAGCGAGAUGUGGCACUCCGACGUGACGCAUAGUGUGGCUGCGAACAGGGACGGUGCAAAAUUCAUCGCCGCAAGCCACCAUGGCGACGUGUACACAAUCGAUUGGCUGAAGCAGUGCAUCCAGCAGAACCGUAUCGUGACGCCGCGACCACGACAUCGCUUAAAUCUCGCGACGUCGACUUGGUACGGCUCUAAUAUAAUGGAUAGGUAUGGAGACGACCACGCCAUUCCGUGCAACGAAGAGGACAUACGCGCACUUCUUCACCAAGUUGGUGAUCAAGCGAAGCGUUGGGAAACAUCGGAGGUCCCGGCCAUGGUCGAAUUAACUCGCGAGUACCCGAACUUACUUAAGAGUAUGAAGUACUGUACGUUUAGCGAGUGCGUGUUUGAAAUCGACGAUUCGUGCGAUGUUCAACACAACGAAUGGAUGUCUGAAAGCGAACACUUUCGCCUCAUGUUGCAUGAGGAGCGAUUCAACGUCGAACUACGUCUGCGACUGUUCGGAGGAACGAUGGCGCCGGAGGGUCGUAGCGGAACGCACAUAGUGCGUAUGAACGAUGAUUCCGUGCGUGAAGAGUAUUUGGAUGACGGGCGCGUGCUUGUAUCGAACGGAUGGGUAACAAAGCGCACGCGUAAACAAUCUCCUCGUAUGAGCCCAAAUUUAGACAUUAGAAGUUUCUAG